AUGAAUCUAGCAGCAAAAAUCGGCACACUGCUCAUCGUGACCUUAUCCCUUCUCAUCUCCGUGGAGGCUGUGCUGUGUGUCAAGUGUGAAUUUGUCAAUUCUUCCAAGAUUUGUGAGACACAGUCAAGAUACUGUGCUACUAAAAAAGGUCAGAAGUGUCUCUUAUGGGUAGCCACUUCAGGUGAAUCUCUCAGUUAUGGGGCCCAGGCAUGCUGGGAACAUUGCAGUAAUGUUACCACUAUGAAGGGAAGUUUGAAAAUGCAACUUACAUGUUGUGAUUCCCAUUCUUUAUGUAACAAGCUCUAA